AUGACGACUCGCGAUUUCACUCGCACCGCAUCCGAGUUUGGAGUUAUGCCAGCGAAGUUCGAGGUGGACCCACUGGGGGACAUUUGGUGGGCCUUGGAAGAGGGCUCUGAGCUGCGUACUUUCACUGCGGCUUGGAAUAUUUUAAAAACAAAAUUUACUGAUUUUCUUUUACAUCUGGAACGCGCGCAGAAGGCACUCGCUGCGCCGCUGGGCCAUUCCCCCCACCCGAUCCGAACCCAAACGACCCAGCCCAGCCCAGUACGCCCUCCCAGCCCAGCUCCCCUCCCUCCAGCCUCGCGUCGACACCAGGAAAUGACGCGAACGGUUUUUGCCCAACCGCGCCAGCCGACCCCACCUCCUUCCCCCACCACUCCACUGCGUCGUCCCCAAGAAACAACGCGCCUGCUUUUUCAGGUGCAAUCUGUUCUUGAAUCGACGCGUUCGCCAGUGCCAACGCCGCCCCCAACGUCGACGCGUCUGGCCAUCCCACCACCAAUUCCAUGGCAUUCGCGCCUGGUAGCCCGACCCCCCUCUCCCACCACCUCUCUGCAUCGUCCAACGACCCCACCACGACCGCGUCCGGCCGUCCCACCGUCGAUUCCAUGGCACUCGCGCCCGAUCCAACAGCGCCCGGCCAUUCCACCCCCAAUCCGAUGGAAUUUGCGCCAUAUUACGCGCCGUCCGCCCCCCUCCCCACCUCUCCCUUCGACUUCACCACGCCCUGAAACUGCGCUGUCAUCGUCGUCGUCGUCACCGUCACCCUCCCCACACCCUCCCGCGCCAAAUCUGGCGCGUCUAUCGACUCCACCACGUCCAGUACCACGACAGACGCGUCCUGGCCCCCCUUGGUCGCGUCCACCGUCGAAAUGA